GAGUACUACUACUACUACAUUAGUGAAGACCAUUUUUCAAUUAGUCUCCUCUCUCUCUCUCUCUCUCUCUCACACACACUUUGGCCUUAACAGAACCGAACACAACACGAGAGAGAUAGAGAUACAACAGAAGAACAAACUCCGACAUCUCUCGCUUUCUCUACUUUGCCCUGUUUUUAUUCGGAAGCAAGCAAGGCUUAAAUAUAUAGAUCCCUCUUUCCCGUGUUUUUCCUUGGAUGAAUCUCAAUCUGAAUGGUAUAAGGAAUAAAAAAUUCAUCGUCAUAAUCAGGUAUGGAAGUUGGGAGCGUGGUGUUAGUAUGGUGGUGGAUUAGUCUGAUCCCGAGGAUUUUAUCAGAUCCAAGCGACGAAGCAUGCCUGACGAACCUAAGCAAGUCCUUGGAAGACCCAAACAAACUGCUCCAUAACUGGAAGGAAGAGAACUUCGCCAAGCCCUGCAACGACUCCUCCUCGAAUCUCCGAGGCGCAAUCUGCAACAACGGACGCAUCUACAAGCUCUCCCUCAACAACCUCUCUCUCCGCGGCACCAUAUCCCCUUUCCUCUCAAACUGUACCAAUCUCCAAACCCUAGACCUCUCCUCCAACUUCCUCACAGGCCCAAUCCCCCCAGAACUACAGUCCCUGGUCAACCUCGCCGUUCUGAACCUCUCUUCGAACAGUCUCCAAGGGGUGAUCCCCCCGGUGCUCACAAUGUGCGCCUACCUCAACAUCAUCGACCUCCACGAUAAUUUGCUUACUGGGCCCAUCCCUCAGCAAUUGGGCCUGCUCGUUCGCCUCUCCGCUUUCGAUGUGUCCAAUAACCGCCUCUCAGGGCCCAUCCCGGCUUCGCUUUCCAACCGGAGCGGGAACUUGCCCAGAUUCAACGCCAGCUCAUUCCUAGAGAAUAAGGAUCUCUACGGUUACCCGUUGCCGCCGCUUAGGAAUAGAGGGUUGUCCGUUUUGGCCAUUGUUGGGAUCGGCUUGGGAAGUGGCCUUGCUAGCUUGGUGCUUAGCUUCACCGGGGUUUGUAUUUGGUUGAAAUUUACCGAGCGCAAGAUGGCGCUCGAGGAAGGCAAAAUCAGCCACCUUAUGCCUGAUUAUUGAAUAUUGAAACAACACCUUUUAAUCACCAAUUACUACAAUAGUUUCAAAUUAUUCCAAUUCCAAGCUAGUACUAGUAUCUUUCAUUAUUCAACUUGAUUGAUCGGAUCGCUGAUGCUUCUUCACCUCAGAAAAAAAAAAAAAAUAGUACCCGUACCAGGAGGGUAGGGUAGGUUAGUGGGUGCGGUGCUGCUACUGCUACAUGAAGUCUUGAAGAUGCGCUGCGCCGUUGAACUGCUAAAAUAUAUACUACAAACUCAUCAAACAGCUGGUGCCAUCUUUCUAAUCUGCACAAGAGUCACAUUAUCGGAAGGAGCCGCUGGGGGACACCAACGGUACUACACAGCCACAUGGAUUGGGACUUGUUGUUGUUCUACUCUUGUUCACUUGUUAGUCCAACGUCAACUAGUCAACCCUCUUUAUUUACUAUAUGUAACCCUCCCUACUUAGCUUAGGAUUAGGAUCACUAUUUUUAGAUCAUGCAAAACUUACUAACUUAGUAUAUUAGAUUAUUUUAUUUU